AUGGGUCUCGGGACACAAUUUCUUUGCCUGUUUGUCGGAUGUGUCGGUUUGACGGGAUAUCAAUACUAUCGACAGAUUACUGAACCAUUACCAGUGCCAACGUUUAAUCUGAACGAAUACUGGGGGCCUGGAGAUGCAGCGACUUAUCGGGAAGACACUUCAAUACGACCAUUCAACGUUUCCUACAACACAUCAGUGAUAGAGAAGCUUAUCAGACAGCUAACAGAUCUGCCUCGUCUAGCUGCUCCACUUGAAGGUGCUGGUGCGUUUGUGUAUGGGUUUAAUAGUAAUCGCUUGCAAGAAAUAAUACGUUACUGGCGCGAACAUUACCUUCCGAAAUGGAGCGCGGAGCGUGAACCGUAUCUUAAUCGCUUCCCACACUUCAAGACGCAAAUUCAAGGUUUGGACAUUCAUUACAUCCACGUGCUACCCAAUGCCGAUGGGCAGAAAACAGUACUCCCUUUGCUGCUUCUGCACGGUUGGCCUGGGUCAGUCAGAGAGUUCUACGACAUCAUUCCUCUGCUGUGCGAUUCCUCCAACGACAGGGAGUUCACUUUCGAGGUGAUCGUACCGAGUUUGCCCGGAUUCGGAUGGUCACAAGGAGGUGCAAGGGUAGGAUUGGGUGGUCAAAAAAUGGCGAUCAUCAUGAAGAAUCUUAUGGAACGCAUAGGCCACCAACGAUUCUUCGUGCAUGGAGGUGAUUGGGGUGCGCUCAUUACGGAUGUGAUGGGGACAUACUUUCCGUUGAACGUCAUCGGAAUUCAUCAGUCUGGUUGUGGCGUAAUCGGCACCCUGGCAACAUGGAAAACCAUGAUCGCUAGCUUGGUUCCGUGGAUCUUCCUGGAGGAGCGGUACAUUCCAUACUAUUUCCCACUCCAAUCCUACUUCAAGGAAAUCCUGCUCGAGUCCGGCUACAUGCACCUUCAGGCUACGAAACCGGACACAAUCGGUGCGGUACUAGUUGGCAACCCGGUCGGACUAGCGGCCUACAUCCUGGAGAAGUUUUCCACACAAACAAAUCGGGCCUUCCGUAUGCUUGCGGACGGUGGUCUUGAAAGGGCUUUCAGUCUCGAUGCUCUGUUGGAUAAUCUUAUGAUAUACUAUUUGACCGAUAGCAUUACUACAUCGCAAAGAAUUUACAUGGAAGCGUUUAGCAGGCGGGAACUGUUUGCCGGCGAGCUUGAGCGAAUUCCCAACACGGUACCGACGGCGUGUGCGAAAUUUAAACAUGAUGUACUGCAAACGAUUGACUGGGCUUUGCGGGGCCAUUAUACGAAUCUUGUACAGAGCAAUCACUUCGAUGAAGGUGGCCACUUUUCGGUAAUGGAGCUGCCGGUAGUUGUAUAUCGGGAUUUAGUACAGUUUGUUAAUAAAGUGUUGCAGGCAAGCUGA